AUGAGUCACAUGUCGCUUUUUGCUGGGCAAGAAGACAUCCAGGUGCCGCUCCAGAAACUGGCGUUGUGGAAAGUGACCAAGCUGCUCAUGCCACGGCUGUGCCCAUCGGAGCUGGCCACUGCAUCCAUGGCGGCCAGUGUUCUUGUGGAAGAGCGGGCCAAGGUGGAGGUCCAGCUAGCUCUCCACAAAGCGGCCGAGAAACACCAUCUUGACAGCGACCACCUUGCCUUCGGCCAGAACCCUCAGGGUCUCUUUGCUGCCAAAAGCAUUCGCAAGACCAUUCGCUUGAUUCCAUUAGGCACGGUGAACAAGGCGAAGUCCAACAAGGACACGAAGCUCACAAUUCACCAUGCGGGACUCAGCUGGACCAUUGGGCCAUUCCGCCAGAAUCUGCACUUCGAAGAAGACAGCCCAGCCUGCUUGGUUCCAUACUUUUGGUGCAAGCCCACCAGCGAGGCCGAUGAGGCCAGCAUGGUCUUUUCCAGCAUCGUCGAGUCAGGGAUCACCAUUCCAUGCUUGGAAAACCCAGAGCCGCUGCAGCAGCACCAACAGCUCCAGUACCUGGCCGCGAUUGCCGAGGUCUCCGAAGAAGCCCAGCCCGAGCAUGCCCAGGCAUCCGAAGCAUCGGGGCCGUCGGAGCCCAAGGCGAAGGCGAAGACCAAGGCGAAGGCCAAGGCCAAGGCCAAGGGGACAGAGACGUCGGAGGACCUGGCUUCCGACAGAGCCUUCAAGUUUUGGUUACGAGCCCAAAAGGCCGCUGUGGAUCCAGACCAGGGCUGCAAUGGCGAGCUGGCCACAGUCAUCGACCAGCUUCUGGCGGAGGAGCCAUGA